UUCAAAAUGAAGAUAAGAACAUACAUUCACAUUGACAACAACAUUAUUUAAUAUAGAAUCUAGAUCUAGAUAGAAUAAGACUAGUAUAAAUUAAUUAGAUAAAAGUUUAUUUAAAAUAUAUAUAGAUCUAGACUCUCGAUCUAUGUAUUAUAGAUCUAGAUGAUUUAUUUAAAUCUAGACUUAUAGAUCUUUAGAUAUAGAUUUAAUAGAUCUAGAUUCUAGAUCUAGUUCUAGCAAGAAUUAGACUUAAGACUAGAUUAGCUUGAAAAAUUGAUUAGAUCAAGAUAAUAAUUAAUAAUGAUAAUAACUAUUUAUUUUGACUAAAUAAAUUACUUAAUAAGGAAGGUCGUCUUCGAUUAUAUUAUAUAUAAAUUAUAAUAAAGACUAGACUACUCUAGAUCAAGAUCUAUUUUUAUUAAUUAUAUACCAGUAAGAGCACUAAGAGUAGUAAGAGUAACCAUGCCAAUGGGGUCUCUAGUAAAAAUUGCUAAAACUUUACGUACUCAUUGGAAAAAAUCCACAUUGGCUGCAUGUCUCACAAUAUAUGGAUGCAAUUACAUGAGAAACAGACACAGAGACAACCUGUUACGAAGACACUAUUGUCAAGAAGCACUGAAAUAUGGGAGAGAAAAUAUUGCACUGCAUCAGAGGCCUCGACGUGUCACAGUAUUUCUUAACCCUGCUGCUAACAAAGGAAGAGCAAAGAAAAUAUUUGAGAAGACAGCUGCACCAAUUCUUUAUCUGGCUGGGAUUGAAAUAAAUCUAGUUGCAACAGAAUAUGAAGGUCAGUUGAAAAAGUACAUGGCCGUGCUGGACCCUAAAGACACUGAUGCUGUGGUCAUUGCAGGAGGUGGAGGGACACUCUUGGAGGCUGUGACUGGGUUACUCAGACAGAAUAAGGAAAGGAAUCUAACAAGCAUACCCAUUGGAAUAAUACCUCUUGGUGGGAAGAACAGAUUUUCCAAACUUUGGUUUGGUGAGGAUUCUGAUGAAGUCAAAACUAUGGCUGAGGCAGCCUUUGCAGUAGUUCAAGCAGUUACUAAAAAAGUUGAUGUUAUCAAGUUUGUGGGAGAAGAAGACAAGUGCAUCUACAGCUUGAUUGGUCUUGAAGCUGGAGCAUACAGGGAUGCUGAGGACAGAAAAUCAAAAUACUGGUAUUUUGGUCCAUUGAAAUCUUACUGGACAUACCUGCGCACUGUCAUGAGCAAAUGGCCUGCCACUAUUGAAGCAUCUGUGAACUACAUUGAAGCGACAGAGACCAACAUGAAGGAAGAAGAGGAAGACUUAAAUGUCCUCAUUUCUAAGCAGAGGUGGAACUUUGUUGACUUUUUAUUGGGCAGGAAAAAGAAGUUCAAAGUUCAAGAACAAGAAAACAAAGAGAAGUUGGAAGAGCAAGAAAGGGAAGAGGAGAAUCACAGAGUGACUCAAGAUGUUUCCACCAUUGAACUAACAGUCACCAACUCAGCUCUAGUGAACACAAACACCCCAUUCCAAGCUUUGCAGCUGUCUAUUGGACCCAGUGAGCCCAAGAAAUUUGAAUUUAUUAGUGAAGGAUGGAGUCGAGUUAAAAAACCCAACAACUUGACACCGACUACUUCAGAGGGUUAUAACUCCGUGUUGGUCAAGAAAAUACAUCUGGAGGUGAACGAGAAGGACAAGUGGUACAACAUUGAUGGGGAAUCCUUUGAAGCCAUGCCGGUAGAUAUUUCUUUGCUGAAGAAAAAGCUGACCAUGUUUUGUCGUCCAGAUCAAGCUGUGAACACAUGACAAGCAGCGGAUGCAAAGCUUUAUUUAUAAGUUGAACUUAACUGUAAUAAAAUUAUUGGUUUAUAAAUUAUA